GCAUAGACAUACAAAUAGAGGCAACAAUUUUGAUUUACAUAACAAAAUAAUGCGGUAUUUAAUUGUACACCUUAUAAAUAUUGUCUAACAGCUUUGAUGGACAACACUAAAUAUUUUACUAGAUUACCAUGUAGAAUUCACACCCUUUACUACGAUAUUCUGAUUGGAUUUCGCAAGCACUGGUCACACUUAGUCCAUUAAACCAUCACAAAAACAUGAAUUCUUAUUAGCUAGUAAAAACAAGUGAAGACAGAAAUUUUCCUACCGUGACACCCAUAAUAGCGUUUCAAUUCGCGGCUUAAAAUGUUCGAAAGUGACAACAUGGUUUAGCGGAGAUCGGAGCACAUGCAGCAUGUAAGCACAACUUGAAGGCGUUCCGUGAAAUUGCGUCGUGUUACAAAACUUUGGCCCUGGUCAAAUCCGCUAAUACAACUCGUGUAUCAUGGCCAGUGCAGCUGAUGACUCGUCAUCUGGUGGUCAGGAGGACCGAGAGUCCUUCACCGUUUACUACGAAGGCAAGACGCUGCAGCUUCACUGGCGCGGAUUGCCUCCCUUGCGACGCGCUCCCGCAUCAAGGAUCUGCAGCAUUGGCGAGGGCCUGCUCAUCCUGACCACCGACCACGCCCUUUACUCCGCCCAACUGCAGUCCAACCGAGGCCACCUGGACCUUCAACUCCUGCGGACUGAUGUGGUAGACAUGGACUUCUGUUUCGGCAGUCAGGAACUCUUCGUGGUUCUGACCAACGGUUCUGUGGAGCGCCAGGCUACGGGAUCUAGUAGUGAUGUGGGUCACCCCCACGCCUGGCAAACACUGGCCUUCGAUCCUCUGGAACUGCUCGCUGAAGGCGUUCACAUCCAGCGCGUUUGCUGUUCUGCACAGGGUGUAGUCUUCGUUGGUGCUGGCGGAGAAACCUAUGUUAUGGGCAGCUGCGGAGAAGUCUUUAAUGCCGAGAAACAGCCUCGCCACAUGCGCUUAUACGAGGAGGGCAAAGAACUCCUCGACUUAUCAGCCGGAAACGAACACUUUGUGAUGCUGGUUGCUCCUUACAACCUGGCAGAUGAUGUGCUCCAGCUGCGGUUGGCCAGUGCGAAGGAAGAACCCGAGGAUGAACGAGCCUCUGUGAAAUCUCUCAGCAGUAACAAUUCAGACCGAAGUUUUGCGGCCAACACAAGGCAUUUGCUUCACCAGGGUUACGCCUUGCUCCAUACCCAACUUUUCACCUUCGGAGCCUCUAAUAAUGGCCUUCUCGGCAUUGGCGAUCACAUCCGUAGGGCCAAUGUGAUUCGCCUUCAAAAACUAGAUAGCGUUGGUGUGUGCAGCAUUGCAGCCGGAUUGCAACACACGGUGGCCCGCACUCUGGACGGAAGGCUGUAUCACUGGGGCCUGAAUAAUUACUCCCAGUUAGGCGAGGAUGUCAGCUCUCCAAUAGAGAUCACCAUUACGGAUAACUCUGCAUCACUCCCAAUGGAACAGAAUUCAGCAUUGGAGGCAACCUGUGGCGACUACCACACGCUACUGCUAAAUGCCUCCGGACAGAUACAAUCCCUCCAACCACCGCCUCCUAUGCGACACCUGCAGCAAUCCAGCACUUAUGCCCAGACCCUCCUACAGCUACAGUUGGGAGCUGCGUGGCCACGACAACUACGACUGCUCAUGUCUUCCGGCGGAUUUACGCUGCAAAACCAACGGCAGUUCCAGCGACAGUAUCACUACUACCUAAGUCACCUGCAAUCCCAAUUGCAGAUGCUUCUCAAACACCGCCAGGCAGUUCAAACACUAGAGAUCUGGCAGCGACAAUCAGCGUUGGAGGCGAUCAGCGCCCUCGGUCCGCUGCUGGUCAGCUGGGAGAGAAUUCUAUGCCUGCUGGUGGCGACCUUGCAUUCCCUUGAGGGAUUCUACCGAGCAGAUUUUGUGCAGCCCGCUGAUCUGCUGUUCAUCUGCCACUAUAAGGAAUACAUCGACCUGUUCGACGGGUAUACGAAGUCCUAUUGCGAUGUGUACUCGGUAAAUGGUUUUGGCGAAGCAGUAGCCGCUAUUGCUGGACUAAACAGCCCGCUGGCCGAGCUUAACGAGGAAAGCUACGUCACUCGAUUGUUCCAGCAACCCUUUAGUAUCUAUCAGCUAUUUGUUCAGUUUAUGGAGCUGCUGGUGAGAACGCAACCGGAGUAUGGAGAGCACAGGGUGGCCUGGUCAGAGUUCGCACGGCAAAGUUGCAUCAGCCAGGAACUGGCCGUGAACACUAAGGAUUUUUGGAGCAGCAACGACAGGAACCCCAAGAUCGUUCAGUUCAGAAAACGAGAUCGGAGGGUGAUCCUAACCUCAGCUUUGGUACCUCUGAAACUGGUCACCUCUGGCAUCAGCAUAUCCAGCAACAGCUUCAUCCUGUUCUCCGACUUCCUUUGCCAGGUGGGCGGAAACUCGCUUUAUUCCUAUCCCUUAACUACUCUGUGGGUGUGGACAGAGGGCGACCUUUACCUACGCUUGACUACGCCGGAGAAGAACUUCUUGGUGUCAACGCGUUCGCAGGAGAUGCGGAAGGUGUGGCUUGACCAGCUGCAGUCGAGCAUAGUUGCUUCGCUGGGCAGGGCACUUGGCAGUUCGGUGCCCAGUUCUCGCUCCACUGGCUAUGAGUUCAGCAGGGAACACCCGAAGUUUUCCCGCGUGAAAGCGUGUGGUACCUGGAGAAAGGGUGUGCUUCACGGAAACGGCUAUCUAGAGUAUCCGGACGGAAGUGUCUACUGCGGGGAGCUGCAACAUGGCAUCAUUGAAGGCUAUGGCAAGAUGGUGAUUCCGACAUCGGGUCUGUAUGUGGGGCACUUCAAGGGCGGUCGUUUCCACGGCCACGGCGUCUACGAAAUCCACAGCAAGGAUUCCCCCGAAAGCGAAGUGUACGAAGGAAACUUCUGCGAGGGUCUCUUUCAUGGCCACGGAAUGAUGCGAAACAACCGAUACAUUUACGUGGGCGAGUACCAGGCCAACGCCCGAAGUGGAUACGGCGUGAUAGAAGACCUGAUUAGCGGGGACAAGUACAUGGGCAUGUUUGCAGACAAUAAGCGGUCUGGAAUCGGCAGCUGCAUAACCAACCGUGGGGACUAUUUCGAGGGCACCUUCUCCGGGGACGAUCUCAUGGGCAGCGGUGUGGCUGUGUUCGAAAACGACUAUUAUUAUGAAGGCGAACUCACGCUUCACGGCCCCAAUGGAAGAGGAGAGUACUACAUGCCAAUUGGAGAUGCCGGUGGAGUAAGUGGAGUAAUAUCAACGGGAGAUUCCGACGACACCUGCGAGCUGAUCGGCAACAAGAUGUUCGGACAACUUAGCGGCAGCUGGGAGACGGUUCGUAUCCAGGCCGGCGAACUGGUUUUAAAUCGUCGUUUUCCAAAAUACCCAAGCUCCCUUGGACGCCAAGUGGUGGACCACAAUCGAAAGUGGCGGUCGCUGUUCAACAACUUCGAAUCAGACCUAGCCAAUUGCACGGCCACCAGCAGCAACUCCGGUGGUGGCACCCUUAGAAGAUCGUCGAGGCCGACGCUCAGCACGGCCCAAAUAUGGAACUGCAUAGCGGUGUACAUGAGCAAACAGCGAGCACGGGAAGGAGCCAAGCCCGGGAACUACUUCAACAACAUCCUGCUGAGUCUACCGCUACCGCAGAAGACUUCUUCCCCACUUGCAAAAGCGCGAACCACUACAAACGCACUGAGCAAGUUACAAACAGAAGCUGCAUCAGCGCUAGACUUCCUAGGAUUUCCACCACGCCGCAUCCACUCCCAAGAGACACUCAAUAGCAAGCAAGGCGAAUUACAGAGAGCAGAUAGUUUGCUCUCCAUGGGGCACAAUUCCUCUCGUGACUUGGACACCAGCAGCCUAGUCAGUUUCCAAUUAGACCAAAGCUUGCUAAACAGCACUGUUAUUGGUGAUGAGUCUAGCACUCUCAACGAAAGUUUUGCAAAACUAAGUCACAAUAACAACAAUAGCAUAUCGAAGCACAUGAACAACAGCGAUGGCUCGAUUACCUCAACGACAUCCACGACUAGUGCACUGCUGGAGCAGGUGCCCAGUUUUGGAAUGGCCUCGGUGCUCACCGAACAGGAUGUUGCCUCUAUACGUGUGUACCUGGAGCAAGCUUUCAAGGAUCGGCAUCAUCCACUGUACGCCUUAAACGAGCGCAUCGCCAACUGUUUCCACUACUCAUAUGGCUAUUGGAAGGUUAAACCCACCCCGAUCCUGGCUAAGCAGGCGAUGAGAGAAUGGGAGUCCAUAUCAAGACGCAUUUACCGCUUUGUACGAAAGAUGUUUCCCGCUUUGCCCGAGGACUUUUGCCACAUGGAGGGCAGCAGGGAGGUCAUUUCGCAUAUUACCCUGCUUUAUCCACUGGUGCUAUCGGAGGGUAUCUACUCCACCUUAUUUGUGCUGUACGCGAAUAAAUACAGCCGAAAAGAUGAAAUGUAUCGGCAGAAUCUGAAUAUUGCCGAGAAACUCAAGGACCACGAGCUAGUUGAACUUAUGGGUCAUGAGAGUUUCCUGCUUAAUGUAAUGCUCGACCUGAAGUUUGAAGAGUCCGUGCAGACGCUGAAGGAACUGCAGGAGAAGUUUAGUCCCCAGGACAUGUUGACUGUGAUACAGCGCAGCACGCAGCUGCUGACCGAGGCCUACGAGCACGCCAUGGCAGCCAAUGCCGCCCAGCUCAAUGCGGAUAAUAUGAUACCGCUCACCAUGCUGACGAUGCUGCGCGCUGCGGUUCCCCACUUAGGGGCUGAGUUGGCCUUGCUGGACGAUCUGACGGGUGGCCCAAAUUUCCAGGCCGAGAUGAAUGGAAUGGCGGGUUAUUGCUACACCACACUAAAGGCCGCAUAUGAACACGUCACUCUAAGGGCACUGCAAAAAAAUCCCUGAGCAGACGCAGCCCAAACAUAGAAGCUGUAAAGUUAAUUGUUUUCUUGUUAUAUAUCGACCUGCCGGCUCAAUAAUCGCUUAUGCCAGAACACAUAGGCGUUUAAGCAAAAUUAUUAGUUAAAAGGUAACUUCUUUGUUGACAUUGUAAGGCUUAGGUGUUUUGAAACCAAACUAUUGGUUUCCCGUAUUAGUCUGUAUAUACCCUUAACGACAAAACCCCUCAUAGAAUUAAGGGUAUCGAUUCUGUACAGAAGCCAUUUGAUCAUUGUAGGAAAUGUGUAUCUAUAUUUAUGUAUGUAUCUGUUUUGUAUAUUUUAAGCCAACACAAUAACAUUCCGAUUACUCACCAAACCAAAUAAAUAAUCUACACACAUAGUA